UGCGUGCGGGCAACAGUUGCCACGAGCAGCUGGGUUUAGGGCACGCAAUUUGCCAAGCCAGUUGUCCCUUCUCUGUCGUCCCCUCCCUCUCCCCCAAGGCCGAGGACAGCGACGCCCUCCUCCCUCUUCUCCUCCUCUUUGGUGCCUUCAGCCAAGAGGCGGGAGUGACCCCACGAGCAGCUGACCCAGCACAGGCACUGCCUCUCCCACAGCCCUCGGACACACCAUGGGCCCAGAGGCGGGAUUGCAACACAGCAGCGACGACGCAGGCGGCAGCCCCGGCGACUCUCAACUGCCUCCCUGACCAUUGCGACCACCGCCCAUCACCCGGAUAAGCCGUCGUCACCAACGGCAGGAGAUUCUAGAGUCGUCAAAGCCAUCUUCGCUAUCGACUCAAGCUACGUCAACAACUAUGGCGGGCGAGGGGCGGCGGGUGGAACGGGUGAUGGUAGGAUGGGGGAUAUACGUCACACCCAGGGCCCCCAUCCGGGAGGGAAGGCGACGGCUCGCCCCUCAAAAUGGCGGUAGCAGCGACGCGCCUGCGUACGGAACUCCUUCGCCGUCGCGCCACGGCCGGCGGGAAGUGAGGUUCUCCGAGGAGCCGCCAGAAGUGUACGGCGACUUCGAGCCUCGGGUGGCCAAAGAAAAGUCCCCGGUGAGAACCCGAAUCCGACUAGAAGAGUUCCGGCCUGAUUCUGCGAAAAAGGAAGUGAGAGAAAGCGCCUACUACCUUCGGUCUCGGCAGCGGAGGCAGCCGCGACUCCAAGAAGCCCGGGAGAUGAAGACGCGAAGUGCCGCUCGCCCCCAGCAGCAGCACUCACCGCAGUCUCCGCUACAGCCGUCACCGGUUUCCACCCGGAGAGGAUUACGGGACUCUCAUUCCUCUGAAGAGGAUGAACCAUCUUCGCAAACUGUUUUAAGCCAAACAGUCUCAAUGAAAACUACCAGGAGAGCACAAGAGACUCCAGUGAUGGGUGAAGAUCCUGUAAUCGGCCUGUGUAGACCCCCUCUAAGAAGUUCAAGAUCUGAAGCCACCAGUGUCCAACAGAAGGUCAACUUCUCUGAAGAAGGGGACACUGAAGAAGAUGACCAAGAUAACCCCAACAGUGAUGUUACUUCUGUUAAGGUCAGAUCCGGGGAUUCUGUUGAGUCUGAAGAUAAAAGCAGCAGAUCAAGUCAGUAUCCAGAAUCAUUUUGGCAGUCCUCACAAAGUCGAGACUUCACAGCUCUUGAUAAGCAACAUUCAGUGCUAAGCUCAGGAUAUCAAAAAAACCCCCAGGAAUGGGUUGAACAAACCGCAAGAAUAAGGAAUAGAAUGCCAAAUGACAGCAUUCAGAAAUCACAGCUUGGAAACCAGUUUCCAUCAACCUCCAGCCAACACGUGACCAGACAGCCCAAAAACCAGUCUAUUGUCAAGAUUAACUUGUUGUGGCUACUAGUUUUGAUAGCUUUUUUUGUCGGGAUAUGGUGGUACAUUCCUACUCCUGAGCGAGAAACCACUGCUGUUCAAGAGUUCCAGAACCAGAUGAAACAACUAAUGAAUAAAUACCAAGGUCAAGAUGAGAAGCUGUGGAAAAGGAGCCUCACAUUCCUGGAAAAGCAUCUUAAUACCUCCCAGCCUCGGCCUCAGCCUGCUAUCUUGCUGCUCACCGCUGCCCGCGACGCCGAAGAAGCACUCAAGUGUCUGAGUGAACAAAUUGCCGAUGCCUAUUCGUCCUUCCGUAGUGUCCGUGCCAUCCGGAUCGAUGGGACAGGCAAAGCUACUGAAGACAGUGAUGCCGUCAAGCUGGAGAUGGACCGGGAGCUGAGCGAUGGAUUCAGAAAUGGCCAGAACGCAGCCGUGGUGCACCGCUUCGAGUCCCUGCCUGCAGGCUCCACCUUGAUCUUCUAUAAGUACUGUGACCACGAAAAUGCCGCCUUCAAAGAUGUUGCCUUAGUCCUCACCGUCCUGUUGGAGGAAGAGACACUUGGAACCAGUCUAGGCCUAAAAGAGAUUGAAGAAAAAGUGAGGGAUUUCCUCAAAGUCAAAUUCACCAACUCGAACACACCCAACUCCUACAAACAUAUGGACCCAGACAAACUGAAUGGGCUCUGGAGCCGUAUUUCCCAUUUAGUCCUGCCCGUACAACCUGAAAAUGCCCUGAAAAGGGGCAUCUGCUUAUAAGGGGCGACAAAAGAAAAAAUCAUGUCUCACGUUCUGAGAAUCUUCCAGACUUUCUAACCAGAGACAGGAUGCUGAGCUCUUUUUGGAAGAGCUGGUUUCUUUUUAAAGAAUGUUAAGUUCUUACAUAAACAUGGAACAUCUAAAUCAUUCAUUCAAUCUAUUACCUGUAUUGGAGGGAAACAUUUGCCUAUUUCCAUUGAAAUCUUUGUUAAUGGUAUCUGACAACUGUAGGGGCUCUAUUUAGAUUUUGGGUUGAGUCAUUAUUGCUGUGGUAUGACCGGUGGGAAGGACUAGAAAAUCCUUCCUAUGACUCCUCCCAGUUUGUAACAUAGAUUUUUACAGAGUUUGUUGAAUUAUUAGUAAGGCAGCUCCCUAAAUGCAACUGUAGCUUUUCCUAUUUUGUUUCCUUUUGCAUCAUUUAGGUGUGAGUUCCUUAGUCAGCUUCUGCUUAUAGGAACAAAAAAUAAUGAAAGGUCAUCUGAGUGUGAGUUUGGGUUUUCUUUUUCUUUGUUUUUGGAGAAUGGGGAGAAGUAGGCAAGGGAAAAGGGAAAUUGUGGAAUGGGGAAGGGAAGGGGGGAAAUAAUUAAGUCUAUAAGAUGCAAUGUUAAAACAAGCCACUGAGAUGUAGAUUAGUCAUACAUAGUUAUAGAAACUCCGUUCUCAAUGAAUUCUGGUGGGAUUUGGUUUUCACGUGUCCUUUUCUUUCCUCCCAAGGAUUUUUAAGCGUGUAGAUCCUGAGGUUAAGUAUAUUUGUUCAUUUGGCUCUUAAAGGCAGGUAAAUUCAGAGCAGUUUAUUCUGUAUAUAUCCUGAAGCUUUAUUUUGAAUUAAGAAAUAUAGUUUCUGGGGAAGGGAGGGAGAAAAAAGGAAUUUCAGGAAUUGGUAAAUCAUUUGGUAACCAGCUUUCCUGGGCUAUUGAAGAAGAAUUUAAUUUCGGCGUUUAAAUUUCCAUUUGUUGCAGUCUAAGUCCUUUAGUGACACUCUUAAACAAAUACAAAGAUGCACUACGCACGUGAUAAAUUUUAUUAAGAGUGCCUCAAGCAAAAAAGAAAGUGAACUUGACCACAUGUGAAGAAUGUUAAAAUGUACUGCUGUAUAUAACUGUCCUAUGGUAUUUCAGUUGUAAUUUUGCAUCUGUAACAGCUUUCUCAUCUAUCAGCUGCUUUCAUAUUUCUUGUUUUUUCAAUUAUCUACAUACCUUUAAAUGAAAAUACUGUUUUUAGAUACUAAAGCCAGGCAUUGGCUUCACCAUUUAUCUUUUGGGGAUCCCAUGACUAGUAGUAGAGUGUGGUCUGAUUUCUUCCCGCUAGGACUACCAGUAUUCAGAAAUAUACCCCGUAUUGUAAUUUGUUCCUGACUGUCAGAAGUCAGGCCAUCUGAUUUAUAGAGGAUUCUAAAACGAGUUUUUGCAAAGCUCUAUUUUAUACCUAUAUAUUAUAUGGAGAAACAAAUGUUUUUAUUAAAUGUUUCACUGACCAAAAUAAUUUUAAAGUAAUUAAUGUUACUUAUCUUUCAGGAAAAAAUAAUUGUAGCAGCUGACCUGUAAAAGACUUUAAAAGCUAUUUUAGUAAUUUAAAUAAAUUCACUUUCUUGGUUUGUACUCUG